AAUCAUCCAUCCAAGAUCUGAAACAGCAAAAAUGGCAACAGCAAGCAAGCUAUACACCUUGUGGUCUCUACUAAUGGCAGCACUAUUUGCUUACUCAGCUUCUGUUCAAUUAAAUGACCCUGAUUGGUACUUUUGGUUUCCCCUCUAUGUUGUUGCUUGUGUUGUAAAUCUAAUGAAUCGGGCUAUCUCAUCCAAAAGAAUCAAGCAAUUUGCUGAGGCAGCACUAUGGCUUGGAAUGUUUCUUUUUUUGAAGGUUGUAGCUGAAAAUGGUAUAUCUGGGUUUUGGUCAGUGGAUUUAAGUGAGAGAGUAAUCAGGGAGAAGAUAGGAAGUGGGUUAGUCAUAAUCUCUAUGGUUUUGCAGUUGAUGGCAUCAUUAUCAUCAUCAGAAGCUCCCACACAGAAAAGGCCAAGAUAUAUUGAAUAUGGCAUGGGAGUCCUGGUGGGGUUUGGCUAUGGACUCCCAAUUGUCUUCUUUGUGGUCCUAAAAGGUGAAAUGAAGUUCUGAAGUAACAAGCACAUAAUGCAGGAAGCAUGAAACAAAUGGAAUCUCUAGUGUUGUAUGGUCAUUGUUUGUACCAGAAAUGAACAAUUGUAAUACCAUAAGGCGCAAACAAGUUAAACCAAUUCAAACAAUAGUAGUCACACUAUUCCAUAAAUUUGAAAC